CCCCCAUCACUAUUUAGGGUCGCGGCAGCGCGGGCGGCGGCCCCAGAAGCGGCGGCGGCGGCGGGAGGAGGCAGGGAGCGGAGCCCCGGGUCCUUGUAGCCAUGAACCCCAACUGCGCCCGCUGCGGCAAGAUCGUCUACCCCACGGAGAAGGUGAACUGCUUGGAUAAGUUCUGGCACAAAGCAUGUUUCCACUGCGAGAUCUGCAAGAUGACCCUAAACAUGAAAAACUACAAGGGCUACGAGAAGAAGCCGUAUUGCAAUGCACACUACCCGAAGCAGUCCUUCACCAUGGUGGCAGACACUCCUGAGAACCUGCGCCUAAAGUACCAGACUGAGCUUCAGAGCCCGAUCCGCUACAAGGAGGAGUUUGAGAAGAACAAGGGGAAAGGCUUCAGCGUGGUGGCUGACACCCCGGAGCUGCAGAGGAUCAAAAAGAUCCAGGAUCAGAUCAGCGACAUCAAAUACCACGAGGAGUUCGAGAAGAGCCGGAUGAGGCUGAGCCCCGGUGAGGGCGCGGAGCUGGAGCACCGGAAUUCCCAGGAGAGCACCAGUUACCAGAGACCCGCCGAGCAGCAGCAGCCGCCGCUUCAUCACAUCCAGCCCAGCAGCUCAGUCUACCAGCAGCCGAUGUCUCAGCCCUAUGGCUACAAGGAGCCCGCAGCACCAGCUUCCACACAGCGCAACGCUCCUGCUGGAGGGGGGAAGUAUUUCCGCGCUGUCUAUGACUACAACGCAGCCGAUGAAGACGAAGUUUCCUUCCAGGACGGUGACACCAUCAUCAACGUGCAGCAGAUCGACGACGGGUGGAUGUACGGCACGGUGGAGCGCACGGGGGACACGGGGAUGCUCCCCGCCAACUACGUGGAGGCCAUUUGAGCCGCAGGAGGGGACGGGGCGUGGGGCUGAUCCCCACAACCGAGCCCCCGGCCCCACCGGCCUCUCCGGGUGUGUGUGUGUGCGCGUCUCUCAGCCCCAGCAUCCCUUAUCCAUGUGCUCUGGUGUCGCUCACCGGAGCCGCAUCCCGACAUCCCGGUUACUCCGUGUUUCUCUCUCGCCAAUUCAGCUUUGUUCUGGCUCUGUUGGGAGCGAGGGACCAUGCAAAGGGAUGUUGGGGGCUUGAGAGACCAAACGCCGCAGUUUUCCUUCUUCAGGCUCCCUCCCCUCUUGCCAUCCCGGUGUUUCCUGGCAGGGGGAAGCAGCUGGGACCUGGCAAAGGGAGGAGGAGACCAUCCGUUAGGACCAAAUUCCCUGGUUGUGGUGGGUUUGGGCAGGGGGCAGCGAUGUCUGCAUGGGUGAGGUGAGGGAUGCUCAUCCCGAGGGAUGGGGUGGUCACCUCCACCCUGCGCUGCUCUGCCUUAUCCCGUUGCUUCUCCCGGCUCCUCUGUGCUGUGUUUCCAUUCAGUCCUUGCUUCCUUCAGUCCUUAAAACAGGAAAAUCAUUCCCAGUUAAAAUCUCACCCACAAUCUUUCUCCUUGGGAUUCAGAGCGGCUGCUCUGGACAUCCUGGAAGCUGCCUCAUCCCACCUCCCAGAUCCCUCCUGGAGCACUGCGACACCGAGACCUCACGUCCCCCCCUGCAGCUCUGGGGUUCUCUCUCUGGGCCGGGGUCUGGGGGUCCCCUGGGCCCCCCUGUGCUGGGGCAGCCUCUUCCUCUCCGCAGUGCUCCCCAAAUCCACCCCCAAUCUUCCCGCUUUUCUCUUGCUGCUGCCGGGCCCCUUCGGAGCCCUCCACGUGCUGGGUGGGUGAUCCGGGGUCCCUGUGCCUCUGUGUGGAAGAUCCUCCCCCCUCUGGCAGCUCGGCCUCAAGUGGCCGCCCUGCACCUCGCGCUGGUCCCCAGCCGUGGUGGCUUUUGGGGCCACCCCUGAUUUGGGGUCACGUCAUGGACCAAAACCUCACAGCACAUCCCCGUCCCCUUCUCUUCUGGGCUCCGAAGGUCCUGGGACAGGGGCAGGUAUAACUGGAAGCCCGUGCAGGGAGGGCAGGAGCCAGAUGAUCUUCUCCUGGGUUACAGAAGCCGAGUAUCGGGGCUGUGGUGAUGCCUCCAGUGCUCCCAGUACCCAAUUCCCACCAGCCCCGGCUGUGGGGACCAGGCAGCCGGAGGGCACCAUCCCCAAGCUGUGCUGCAGGGGCUGGGAUGCUUCCAGGGGGAAGCUGCCACCUUUGCUAUUCCCAAAGGAAAAGAGGAGAAUCUAGGGACCAAAGCAGCUGAGUUGGGACAUUCCUUGGCUCUGUUUGGGGCUGCAAGGGGAUGGGGCACCGUCGUCACCUCGGGGUGACAGUGAGACCCCAGAAGAGGCCAGGAUGGGCUUCCCGGGAUGGGAAUCCCGGUUGGUGCUAAACCAAGCGAGCACAAGAGCAGGGGAAGGGGGAAGUCACAUCUCCCACUCAUCCUCUUCUGAAUCACGUUCUUGUCUGGGAGUGGGGGCAGUGUCAAUGUGAAUAACCCGUUUUGUAAUGGACCAAAUGCCACAGCACCCGUUUUGGAAUAGGGACCUUUUUAAUGCUACCUUGAAUCCGUUCUCCUCCUUGUCCCCUCCUGUCCCCUGCCAUGGGAAACGAACCUCUGACUGCUUGAUUUCUGCCUUUUCUCUCAACUUAUGCACUUUUUUGCCUUUCUUCAUAGCUGAAAAGCACCUAAACCUGUAUUUAAAGUAAAUAAAGAAAGAAAAGAGUAAAAAAAAAAACCAAACCAACCCUGAAAAGCUGAAUCGCUCCUUAUCCUGUGUAAAAUAGCCCUCGUCCAUCCCCGCUGCCCUGGUUGCGUCUUGGUGCUGAGCUUAGAACGUGUUUUCUUCCGGAUCCGUCGCUUGAUCGGGGUUUGUCCGUGUGUUCCCCUUCCCGCCAGGGCUAAAACCCCGCAUUUGGCCUUUUUAACUGAACCUUGGAAUGGAACAAACCCAACGAGUCUCUGCCCCGUUUACUCCAAUCAACAAUAAAAGUCUAAUUUUUACCUGA